AUGCUUCUUGCUUGGAUGUCUUGUGUUUAUGGCGAGGAGCCGACUUUCAGGACUGCGAGGGCUAUGGAGUAUGUGCGUCAGCUGGAUUCUUAUUAUGAUCCAUUUGCGAAGAUGUAUAAUGUUACUGCUCCUGAAGGGGCGUUGUGA